GCGGGCCGGCGCAGCGGGCGCGACGCGGGCCAGGCGCUGGGGGCUGGAGCCGGCCGGGACCGCGGCGAGCAGUGCUCCCCAUGCCCAGCCGCUCCUCACUGCAGUACUGGGUUUCAAGCCCACUGUGAGCCACCUCUGCCACUGGACAGCAAGAAAGAAAGAUGUGGAAAGCGUCGGCAGGCCACGCUGUGUCCAUCACCCAGGACGACGGGGGAGCCGAUGACUGGGAGACUGACCCUGAUUUUGUGAAUGAUGUGAGCGAAAAGGAGCAAAGAUGGGGUGCCAAAACUGUGCAGGGGUCUGGGCACCAGGAGCACAUCAACAUCCACAAGCUGAGAGAAAACGUCUUCCAGGAACACCAGACCCUCAAGGAGAAGGAGCUGGAAACAGGACCAAAAGCCUCGCACGGCUAUGGCGGGAAGUUUGGCGUGGAGCAGGACAGGAUGGACAAAUCAGCCGUUGGCCAUGAGUACCAGUCCAAACUUUCCAAGCACUGCUCGCAGGUUGACUCAGUCCGGGGUUUUGGAGGCAAGUUUGGUGUCCAGAUGGACAGAGUUGAUCAGUCUGCUGUAGGCUUCGAAUACCAGGGAAAGACGGAGAAGCAUGCCUCCCAGAAAGACUAUUCCAGUGGCUUUGGGGGCAAAUACGGUGUGCAAGCCGACCGGGUGGACAAGAGCGCCGUGGGCUUUGACUACCAGGGCAAGACGGAGAAGCAUGAGUCCCAAAAAGAUUACUCCAGAGGGUUUGGUGGCAAAUACGGGAUCGACAAGGACAAUGUGGACAAGAGCGCCGUGGGCUUUGAAUACCAGGGCAAGACGGAGAAGCAUGAGUCCCAGAAAGACUAUGUGAAAGGGUUUGGAGGAAAGUUUGGUGUGCAGACAGACAGACAAGACAAGUGUGCCCUUGGCUGGGAUCACCAGGAGAAGCUGCAGCUGCAUGAAUCCCAAAAAGAUUAUAAGACGGGUUUCGGAGGCAAAUUUGGUGUUCAGUCCGAGAGGCAGGACUCCUCCGCUGUGGGGUUUGAUUACAAGGAGAGACUGGCCAAGCACGAGUCCCAGCAAGAUUACGCCAAAGGAUUUGGCGGGAAGUACGGGGUCCAGAAGGAUCGGAUGGAUAAGAAUGCGUCCACCUUUGAGGAAGUUGCACAGGUGUCCUCCGCCUACCAGAAGACCAUCCCAGUUGAGGCUGUGACCAGCAAAACCAGUAACAUCAGAGCUAACUUUGAAAACCUGGCCAAGGAGAGAGAGCAGGAAGACAGGCGGAAGGCGGAGGCAGAGAGAGCUCAGCGGAUGGCCAAGGAAAGACAGGAGCAGGAGGAGGCUAGAAGGAGGCUGGAAGAGCAAGCCAGAGCCAAAAAGCAAACGCCCCCUGCCUCCCCCACUCCUCAGCCGGCUGAGGAGAGGCUGCCUUCCAGCCCUGUCUACGAGGAUGCAGCCUCAUUCAAGGCAGAGCCCAGCUACCGAGGCCCCACAGGUGGGAGUGAGCCAGAGCCUGCCUACAGCAUCAAGGCUGCAGACCUCCCUGAGGCCACCGGCCAGCAGGGCCCGGCUUACACCACGGAGGCCGUCUACGAAACCACGGAAGCCCCAGGCCACUACCAAGAAGAGAACACAUAUGAUGAGUACGAGAACGACCUGGGUGUUACAGCCAUCGCCCUCUACGACUACCAGGCUGCGGGCGAUGACGAGAUUUCCUUUGACCCUGAUGACAUCAUCACCAACAUCGAAAUGAUCGAUGAUGGCUGGUGGCGAGGGGUAUGCAAGGGCCGGUAUGGGCUCUUCCCGGCCAACUACGUGGAGCUGCGGCAGUAGGGUGCCAGCGGCCGCAGGCCGGCCACGGCUGAUUCCAGCUGACACUACAGAUCAUGCCUUCACUGGUUUGGGGUUUGGUUUUUGUGUUUUGUUUUCCAAAGGAGGGGAGGGGAAUAUACAUAUUGCUUUUAUAUUUAAUACUUUUGCUGAUGCUUUCAGAAAUGUCUAUGCCCCAGAACUCGCUAAUAUAUUAUAAUCAUGUUCUUAGGAGGACUUGGGUCAUUGUUUAUCCAUUGAAGGAUUUUUUCUUUUUCUGCCAAGUUGACUGUCAUGCACAGCCACUUGAGGGGCUAGUUUUCCUGCGGCGCGGAGUGCCAUGUCCUAGUGUCCAGGGAGAUGGCUGGCAUCUCAUAGCACGUGUGCAGAGUGGGUCUUGGCUGUGGAGUUGCUCGGCCAGCCCGGCUUCCCAGAUGAGGGGCGUGGUGGAGUCCAGCAUCUGGAAUGAGGACCUCCAGUCGUGUGCUGUGAAAUUGCAGGGCUCAUAACAGCUACAACCCAGGCUGCCCUCUAGGUGGCCUCCCUGCCUUGUCUCCCAUCCCACACCGGCCCUGGGACUCCAGUCUUCUGUGAGGGCUCUUCCCUUGGCCUGGCCUGGCCUGCCCUGCCUGAAGGGCCCUGCCCCUCCCUGCCUUGUCUCAGUUCCAGGCCACAGUGGAAAAGCCCGUCUUAGUGUUAUGCCCGACGCUGGUGUUGGGCUCAGGCCCACAGCCCCUGCAGCCUGGCAACCCAACGUGUGUCUUUGUGCCUCAGUGCAGAUGGCAGAAGUUUGCUCCGUCAGGGAGUGUGCUGUUUGCCAAACUGUGUUCCAGCACAGCAAAAGGCAGGGGAUGGACUGGGUUAAAAUGCAGUGUGGCUGUGGGACUGCUCCUGCCAGGGGCUGCCGCAGCUUUUCCCGGAGCGGCUGUCCCUGCCUGCCUGCAGCUUUUCAAUGGUGACCCCCUUGGCCCUGUGGAGAAGCCGGGAAGCUGGACCAGGCUGGCUGUGUCUCCCAAGAAACCAGCAGACAUUCGCCGCCUGGGACGCAGAACAAUCGUGCUUGCUGCCUGCCUGUUCUUUCUCGAAGUGCGUUUCUGCAUAGUCCCUGCCUUUCCACUACAGGACAGGUUUUAUAGGCGCCUGCUGUAUCUGCAUUUCUGUAGCACACCUCAUAGAUAUGAUUUUUUUAAAAUUAAGUAUUCAGAAUAAACUUUUUUGAUUCCAUUA